CUGCUGAAGCUAGGUUAGCGGGUUAGCUCGUGCGUUCGCCAUCACACCGUGGUAACUUCGUUUGCACAUGGGCGCUAUUGUAAAAGUGUCGCUGGCUUCCUGUUGAUGCGUGUAAACAUGCGUGUAGCAGGAGGAACGUGGCCGAUGUCCUGUCUACGGUCAGCGACGGCUCCUUCGCACUGAUUUCCGCUCUUUAGCAUCACCCAUCGCGGGCGCCGCUGCGAUGUGCGAGCAAGGGGGCGAGCUGCCGGACAACUGCGGCUCCCGCGAGGACUGGACUCUGCUGUUUUGGACCUCUCUCGCCGUCGUCGUCCCGGUCGUCAUCACCCUGUGGUGCAGCGUGCAGCGCUCCAAGCGGAAAACCCACAUGAAGGAUUUCUUCCGCAAGAGCAAGCACGGCUGGCACUACACGGACCUGUUCAACAAGCCCACCUACUGCUGCGUCUGCUCCCAGCACAUCCUGCACGGCGCCUUCUGCGACUGCUGCGGCGUGUGCGCCGACGAGCAGUGCCUGCGCCGCGCCGACCGCAGCCUGCCGUGCAAGGAGAUCAUGGCGCCCUCCGGCCUCGACGGCGCCGUCGAGCACCGCUGGGUCCGCGGGAACGUCCCCCUCGCCAGUUACUGCGCGGUCUGCAGGCAGCAGUGCGGCACCCAGCCCAAGCUGUGCGACUUCAGAUGUGUGUGGUGUCAGACCACGGUGCACGAUGACUGCAUGGACAGCCUGGCAGACGCAGAGCGCUGUGACCUGGGCGAGUUCCGCAGCCUCAUCAUCCCUCCUCACUACCUCUACAGCGUCAACAAGCUGCGGCGCCGGCACCCUGACGAGUACAGCAAGCUGGCAUCUGCCUGUGGCGCCGACUGGACUCCAGUGUUGGUCCUGGCUAACACGCGUAGUGGUAACAACAUGGGCGAGGCUCUGCUCGGGGAGUUUCGGACCCUCCUCAACCCUGUGCAGGUGUUUGACCUUUCUGAGCUGACGCCCUCCAAAGCCCUCCAGCUGUGCACCCUGCUCCCCCCCAGCAGGGUCCGCGUGCUGGUGUGUGGGGGGGACGGCACAGUGGGCUGGGUGCUGGAUGCCAUCGACGCCAUGAAGCUAAAGGGCCAAGACCAGUUCAUUCCUCGGGUGACCAUCCUGCCCCUGGGCACAGGAAACGACCUCUCUAACACCUUGGGCUGGGGCGCCGGCUACGCUGGAGAGAUCCCCGUGGAACAAGUUCUGCGGAACGUCCUCGAGGCCGAAGUCGUCAGAAUGGACAGGUGGAAAGUGCAGGUAGCUUCUAAAGGCGUCUACUUUCGUAAACCAAAGGUUCUGUCUAUGAACAACUACUUCUCUGUGGGGCCUGAUGCUCUGAUGGCAUUAAACUUCCAUGCACACCGUGAGAAAACCCCAUCUUUCUUCUCCAGUCGCAUCAUCAACAAGGCUGUCUAUUUCCUGUAUGGCACCAAAGAUUGUCUAGUCCAGGAAUGUAAGGAUCUGGAUAAGAGAAUCGAGCUGGAGCUGGACGGGGAGCGGGUGGCACUGCCCAGUUUGGAGGGCAUCAUCGUUUGUAACAUUGGCUACUGGGGCGGAGGCUGCAGACUCUGGGAGGGUAUGGGAGACGAACCCUGCCCCCCCACACGGCUGGACGACGGUCUGCUGGAGGUGGUGGGCGUGUUCGGCUCCUUCCACUGUGCUCAGAUUCAGGUGAAGCUGGCCAACCCUCUACGGCUGGGACAGGCCCACACUGUCAGGCUGGUUCUCAAGAGCUCCAAGAUGCCCAUGCAGGUGGACGGAGAGCCAUGGGCUCAAGGCCCCUGUACCAUCACCAUCACCCAUAAGACCCAGGUCCUCAUGCUCUAUCACAGCUCGGAGCAAACUGACGACGACGAGUCCAGCGCCUCCGAGGCAGAGAGCCCCACCUCCCCCACCUCCCCCGGCUCACCAGGGCUGGCCUCUGCUCAAGCACGACCCGUCACUGACAAGAUGUGAUGUGAAGCUCCUUUUAUCCCAAGUAUCUCCGCCUCAGCUUAGUUUCUAUUAUUGCUUAAUUUCCAAAAGCAUCCCCCAACACACUUUAUUGUCAGUGGUGUCUUUCAUGUUUUCUGAGCAAUCGCAGGAGUUUAAAAAGAUUAGUUUGAAACUAGGUGAAUUAUUAUAUAUCUGUGUAAUGUGCUGUAACCCAGAGCUCAGGCAGAAGCCCUCAGAGGUCGGACAGGAUGUUGUGGGGAGACAUUGCUCUGGUUGUGUUCUUUGCACUGAUCCCUUGUGCCAUAGAUGCUUUCGAACCUAAACUGUAUUUGAUAAUCUUUUUUUUAAAACUCAUUGUGCACUGAAAACCUGCAGGUGAGUCGUGUUUAAUUAGACACCCAGGUUCAACUGGCCCAGCCCCCGUCACAGAUAGCAGGUCGUCAGGGUGGUUGUUCAAUCAGGAAACUAUUGCACAGAAAGCACAAACCCACAUGUUUCUGCAGGUAAUGGAAUGCUAAACUGGGCAAAUGGAAUUCAGAGUCCCCAAGGUCACAGAACCUUGAUGAAAGGUGCAAAGGUUCUUUUACUACUGCAAUGUGUUGUCAAACACUGGACACCAGUGUGUGUUUACUGUGUGAUGCACUGUCAAGUUCGUUAUCUUUCAUGUACAGAUCAGGAGUUUUAUUUUGAAAGUGCUGCCAAGUAGAGGUGUUGUUUUUGUCCACGUUAAUGAGUUUGCUGGCUUGAUCUGUUUCAGCAUGUUGACUGCGUGGGCAGCACGUGGACCUUUUUAUUGUUACUGUGGAUGAGGAUCUGCUCUCCCUUCUGUUUGGUGUUAUUUAAGCAGUUGUCUAGUGUUUUGUCAUUCACAAGGUGACAGACUGUAGCUAGUCCAGUGGUUUGCCACUGAUUGUACCACUUCUGUUGUCUUCAGCACACACUGUUUUCUGUCCUGUGCUUUUAUGUGUAAAGAGGCUGUUUGUGUUUCUUUGUUGAAGCCUUUAGGGAAAUAAAUCUAGCCAUUGAAGGUGCUGUGUGUAUUGCAGAAUGCCUGUUGCUUAAAGCCAUAGCGGAGAAGUCAGUGGAGUAUUAGUAGUUAGACAACGUGCUGCUCGUGAAGGGAUCUGUUUUAGCCGCAUGAUGCCUAUGCUUUUGGAAGAUGCACUUUCUUGGCAGAUGACCAAGGUCUGUGUUUGGUGAAUGGACUCCUAUUGUCUGACCUUUUACCUUAUCGUCCAUGUUUACUGGGGUGUUUGUCCUACUUUGCUUUGUGGAUGUUAUUUAAUGAGUCUGGUGUUUCUGAAAAGGUUAGACGUGCGGGGCCGGAGGUUAAAACACCAGAUAUUCCUAUUUCUGUCUCGAUUAGCAUGAGUGGGCUUGGAUCACUCCGGUGAGCUGGCACGUCGGUCACAUAAGUUUAUUUCUGCUAAACUGGGUCAAGACUGACCCGAGGCCAAUUCUCCGAUAGCUCCUCCCUGCCCGAUGAUGCCCAUAAUGAAAGUUCCACAGGGUUCAUAAAUCUUCGAGUGCAGGUUUAGCGCAUGUUACCCAAUGUUCAAGCACCCUUUUAGGUUCCCGGUCGGAUUCCGUGCAUAGCGUGGAUUAUGACUUUCUAUUCUGUAUGAUUUAUUGUGAAGGAUGGAAACACAUGACUGCUGUCAUUUAGAGUAAUGCAUAUACAGCAUUUGUGUAGACAUGCUACUGUGGCAUAUACUAGCAGUGGUCUGAGCUGACACUGAGCUUCUGAAUGCUUUAAUCAACAGCACAGUCUAUUUGUUUCUGCUCACUAUGCUUCACUAGAUUCUAGUCUACAAUGAUGAGACAGUCUGGGUUACAAUGCUUUUAUUGGCAACAGUAAUAGCAACCUGAGCCAUUUGUAAAAAUGGCUGUAAACAGGAUUUGUACAACUUUUCCCAAGCAACGAGCUGAGAAUGAACUGAAUGUAAUAACGUGAUGUUCUGAAUUUGAAAUCCUUCCCAUAAAAUAUUUUCAUAUAACCCA